AUGAAAUACUUCCUAUUGAGCUUCGGAAUACACAGAUUAGUUAUGAUAAUUCUUCUAAUUCUUCGUAAAAAAUGAAUUUUUGAAGCCAUUUAAGUCAGUGAUUUAUUGAAGUAUGAUGUCAACUGGGAUUUCAGGAGAAACCCUUACUGUCCCUAAAUCUACAACCCCAGCUUCUACAGAGACCCACUACCAGGACCUGGUGGUAGGAUGUUUGUUGGCAAUAUGUGGAAACCUUCUCAUCAGUAUAUCACUUAAUAUGCAGAAAUACACUCACAUGAAGAAUGAAGAACGUGAGGUACAGAUACAUUAUACACGUAACCCUUUAUGGUGGGUUGGAGUUAGUCUCAUGAUUAUAGGGGAGAUAGGGAACUUCUCAGCUUAUGGCUACGCCCCUGCCUCCCUUGUUGCUCCCCUCGGGACAACAACUGUUGUUGCAAACAUGUUCUUGGCUGCUAUAUUUUUGAAAGAGAAAAUUGGAAUAGAAAAUUUGUGUGGGUCAGCUUUAGCAGUAAUAGGAGCUAUUCUAGUGGUAGCAUUUGCACCAAAGAAAGAGAAAGUUCUAACAGGGGAUAUGUUAAAUGUGUACCUGACAGAUACAUCUUUCAUUGUGUAUAUAUGUAUAGAACUAGCAAUUUUAGUUGGACUAUUUUUGCUGUUGUAUGUCUACAAAGUGAAGAGGGUUGUUGUCUAUUUAUCCAUUGUUAGUGUUAUAGCAUCAUUUUCUGUGAUCUCAGCUAAGGCGGUAUCCAGUUUGAUAUAUCUUACAUUUGCUGGUGAUAACCAACUCCAAUAUUUCACAUUCUACCUUAUGACUAUAGUCAUGUUUUCAACAGCCAUUUUACAAGUCAAAUAUUUAAAUAUGGCCAUGCAGAAGUUUGAAUCUACCAUUGUAGUUCCCACCAACUUUGUGUUUUUUACCAUCAGCGCUAUCAUUGCUGGUAUUGUGUUUUAUAAAGAGUUUUGGGGAAUGUCGCCAUUAGAUAUUAUUAUGUUCUUGUUUGGGUGUGUUAUGUCAUUUGUUGGUGUAUAUUUUAUUGUGGUUGGUCGGCCUAGUGUUGAUGAUAUUAAAAAAGUUGCUGAAGCACAAGAAGGGGCUCCUCCAGUUUCCAUAGCAUCACGUUGUUUUCCAGGAAUAAUCAUAAGAGUAGCACUUUGGUUAGAAAAACAUUCAGCCUGGCUGCUUGCAACAAUAAAUGUGGGUAAAGUUCAACCUUCAGGCUCAGUGAGUCAUCUUAUAACAGAGGACGAGGAGUCAAGACGUCCGUUUGUUGCUGCUGAUGGUGACACUGCGUCAAAUUCUUCACAGGAAAUUUUGUUCACAUUUGCACCAGAACAGAAUGGCUCAGUGCAGUAUACCAAAACAUAUGAAUCAGAAAACUAGAGUUUAAAGUUAUAUUGUUAUUUAUUUGAAAUAUUUAAUGAAAAUUUUGAGAUGACAAACAUGUGGAAUUUCCUCUGUCUUCAUUGUUCAUCAGUUCUGCAUCAGUGCACAUAAGUAUUGGAAAAGAAAUCAAUUUUGAAUACAGUUGAAUCAGCUUUAGCAGCCACCUUUAUUUAGACUGUUAUUAAAAAAUUGUUUGUUUGCAGUAACGCGACCCAAAGCUUUUUGUGUGGGUAGGUAGGUAGGCACUUUUUUUUUUGUGUGCAUAUAAUCAUAUAGGGGGAAAAAAAUUCCUCUGACUGGUCAGAAAAAAAAGUUCAGUUGCAGCGAUUUUCACGGGUAGGUCGUGUUACCGCAAACAAAAGUUUUUUAAUAAUAGCCUUAGCAGCAAUCAGAUUGCCUUUAGCAGCCAAAUUUUGUUGCUCCCUAAGCUGACUGCUUAACCUUCACCCUGAUAAAUUUAUAAAAUGGACUUGUCCAUCUUCCAAUUUGGACAGUACCAUUAACUGUUAAAAGGGGUGUUUACCAAAAAUGUACUGGCUGAAUGGCAAACAGUGCAGAUCAUGAUAAGACUGCAUGGAUGUGAUGGCUGAUCAUGAUCUACACUUGUCACAAAGGCAGAAUCAGUCGUGUCCAGCAUGGUAAAGGUUCAUAAAGGUUUGACUGUAUUAUUAUCUGUAAUAAUCAUGCUGGGUUUUACUUCAGAAUCAAUUCUUGUUACGCUGAAAUAUUGCUAAAGAUGCCGUAGUCUAAAAUAUAGGCUGAACUUGGCAUAUUAUGAUUUACAGUUUGUUACAGAUAACUUGUUCAACGUAUGGUCUUAUCAUUGGAAACACAAAAGCCUAAGAACUGGGCCUACUGGUUAUAAAGCUAAGUUAGGAGAACCAGUCACAAAAGUCGCAUCAUUUAAUUGGUUGCUUCUAAACUCAGUCUUGAAAUUGACCAAUGGCAAGUUGUCAUUUUGAAACUGGUCUCCAAGAACAGUUUUAUAACCUUUGUACUUUUUUUACCCAUAUGUUGGACUAGGUCAGAUGCUGCUAUUGAUAUUUCUAUGGACUUUCAUUAAAUAAAAAUGUCCCUGUCACAUACCCCAAAAUUGAGAACUGACUAUUGAUAUGAUUUGUUGAAUAACAUAUCAUGUAAAAUACCAAAAAUAGUAAAUUUAUAUAAUCUUAACCAAUCCGUUUUUUUUUACAAUUUUUCUUCAGUCGCACAUAUCCCUUUGUUGAAUAGCAUAUGGAGGCCAAAUGCCCACUGACAUCUACACUUUUCUAAAGUGACAACUCAAAUGUCAUCAUUUAGCCAGACACCUGUUUAAAUAUUUUAAAUUCCACAGAAAACAUUGAUUUUGACACAAAUUUUAUGAUAUUAAAUUAUGUAUUUUUUUUUUAAUCCUCACACAUUUUUAAUUUCUCAUAUGAAUCUCAGUGUUUCCCUACACUUUAUUCAGCCAGUCAUAUAUGGGUUGAUUCAGUAACAACGUCUUGCCAUAAGGAACUAUUUUGCCAGAUGAGAAUACUAUAGAUCGGGUGAUAUUUACAAAGAUUUUAUUACAUUGAGAGCGAUUCAAAUUCAAAACUUGUGAAAAUUUCAAGAAGCAUUAUCUCCCAAAAUAUAAAUAUCUAGGAAGCAUGAAAACAUUAAAUCAUAUGAUAAAAGUGAUGUUAUAAUUACCAAAUCUAAUAUGCUUGUCGCUGUUAAAACACUCUUACACUAGUCACAUUAACGUGCAGUGACACCAAUGAUUUUGUUGCGCUCAAGAAAGAGCGCUUCUAUAUUUUAUCUACUAUUUUAGAUUAAAGGCAUAUUAGAAUCGAAAUAAUUUAUAGCAAAACCGUGUUUUAACAAUAUUUAUACACUCGGGCGGUAAUAAGUCAUACAAAUCAUUUCACUCGGGCUACACCCCCGUGAAAUUAUUACGCCCGACGUAUAACCGCCCAUUAUGCAUAAACAAAUAGUGUUAAAACACUCUUUUGCUAUAAAUUAUUUCUUAAACCUACAAUCUAUAGUAGUUGUAAAAGUUCCAGUAUUGAUAAACUGUAUGACUAAGGUAAUUUUACAUGUGGGUCAACUUCCAUAUAAAGGAUAUAUUUAUUUUUUUCAGUAUAAUGUAAAUUAUAAAUUUGUUGUUGAUGGUAAGAAUAUUGUGAUAUUAUAAUUGUUCCAAUCACAGAUGUUACUUGUGUUUUCUAUUAUUGUCUUUUUUUCUUGAUAUAAUUAUGUAUUUUUAAGGGGCCACAUAUAGAUAAAGCUUUUUUAGCUCACCAGAGCACGUAGAGCUUGUGAUGAGAUUUUAUGAUCGCUUGAUAUUCGUUGUUAUCAAUUGUUGCAAGUGACAUCUCCUAAACAACUGGGUCUGUUUCAACCAAUUUUCACAGGAAUGUUCUUUAGGUGGUCCUAUACCAAAAUCUUUUCAAAUUCCAUUCCAUGCAGAAUUCUGGUUGCCAGGGAAACCAAAAUGAAAACUAUAAACAUAUUCUUCUCAAAAACUGUAAGGCCUAGAGCUUAGUUAUUUGGUGUGUAGCAUUGUCUAAUGGUCUUCUACCAAAUUUAUUCUGAAUAUGCCCCUGGGGUCAAAAUUGGCCCUGUUCCAUGAUUCACUCGCUUUACAUAGCUUUGUAUAAGAAAUUUUUUAUAAAUAUUCUGGUCUAAAAUUUCAAGGCGUCCAGAUUAGAAAUUUGUCAUUUAGCAUUGUGUAGUGUCCUCAACCAAAUUUGUUCCAAUAAUGUCCCUUGUGUUCAAAAAUAGCCCUGCUCAGGAAUUCACUUGUUAAGCCUCGAGUUUUAUAGGAAAAUUGAAACUCUAUUUUUCUGAAACCUUAAUGCCCUGAGCAUAGAUAUUUGUCAUAUAGCGUUGUGUAGUGGUCCUCAUCCAUGUUGUUCAAGUCUUGCCCCUGGGGUUGAAACUGGUUCAUCCCUGGGGUUCACUUGUUUUACAUAGACUUACCGGUAUAAAGAAAACUUUUUGUCUAAAACCUAAAGCUUGGAGCUAAGAUAUUUAGCUUGUAGCAUUGUGUAGUGGUCCGCUACAAAGUUUGUUCAGAUGGUGCCUCAGGGGUCAAUUUGUUUUGCAUAGAUUUAUAUAAGAAAAGCUUUAAAAAUCAUCUUGUCUGAAACAUCAAGGCCUAGAAUCUGAGAUAUUUGGUGUGUAGCAUCUACCAAGUUUGUUGAAAUCAUAUACCCAUUUGAGUCAGGUGAGCAAUAUAGGGCUAUUAAUGCCCUCUUGUAUUGUGAAUACCUCAGGCUAUUGUUAUAACUUUUCUUGGUUUGAAACACAGACUUAAGUGUUUGAUGAUGGUCAAGAAGAUACAUUCACAGACCUGUUAAGUUUGUAUUCUAAAAAGGGGACCAAAAUAUAUGGAACGAGAUACCAAUAUCUCUAUGGAUUUUUAUGCCCCCGAAGGGAGGCAUAUAGUUUUUGAACCGUCUGUCCGUCUGUCGGUCCGUCGGUCUGUCAGUCUGUCGGUCUGUCAGUCUGUCCGCAAUUUUUGUGUCCGGUUCAUAUCUUUGUCAUCGAUUGAUGGAUUUUCAAAUAACUUGGCAUGAAUGUGAACCACAGUAAGACGACGUGUCGCGCGCAAGACCCAGGUCCGUAGCUCAAAGGUCAAGGUCACACUUAGACAUUAAAGGAUAGUGCAUUGAUGGGCGUGUCCGGUCCAUAUCUUUGUCAUCGAUGGAUGGAUUUUCAAAUAACUUGGCAUGAAUGUGUACCACAGUAAGACGACGUGUCGCGCGCAAGACCCAGGUCCGUAGCUCAAAGGUCAAGGUCACACUUAGACGUUAAAGGCCUUUUUUCAUGAUAGUGCAUUGAUGGGCGUGUCCGGUCCAUAUCUUUGUCAUUCAUGCAUGGAUUUUAAAAUAACUACGCAUGAAUGUGUGACACAGUAGGACGACGUGUUGCGCGCAAGACCCAGCUCCGUAGGUCAAAGGUCCUAAACUCUAACAUCGGCCAUAACUAUUCAUUCAAAGUGCCAUCGGGGGCAUGUGUCAUCCUAUGGAGACAGCUCUUGUUUUAUCAAAGAUGCUAUUUAUAGCAUGUCUUCAGAUUUAUGUGAUUUUUUUUUUAGAUCGAGAAAGCUUUAUCAUAUAUAAAUUAUUGUAAUAACAAAGUGAAAACUGUUAGUUUAUGUUAGUUCUUGCUCCAAAUGAGAGGCAUAUAAUACCAGAAUGUAGCGAAUGCAUCCUCCACCUGUAUGUUAGCUCAUUAAUUCAUCCAUUUACUAAGACACUAGGCUAUAACUUUUAAACACUUAAAGUAAACUUUACACAAAUUUCAAGCAUGGUGAGAAUGUGUGUUGGGAAGGUCUUAUAUCACAGGUAAUGGUGCUCCACUGAUGUACUGGUGACAUGUAAGUCUGUUCAGGUGAAACUGUGCAUACUUCAAACACAAUCCAAUGUAUGUCAUACCCAAAACUGCUUGAGAUAAAUAUCAGUGGAACAUAAAACAUUCCAAACUUUACACAUAAUGCAUAUUUUCCAUUGGAAACAUCUAGUAAAAUUUUGUUUCUUCUAUGACAAAGUGAGUUACCUAAACAGGCACUGUCAAUUAGGCAGCAUUACUUGAACGUGCUCCUCAUUUGGGAUCAUGCUAAUUCAUAGGAAUUGAAAAUCUGCUCAUUGCCUAUAGGUUCAUUGAAGGAAAUACUUUAAUUUUGGAAAGUAAAAUUUAAUAAUUAUUUAUUGACAUAUCUGCAUUAUUUUCAAAGUGUAUUUUGACAUAUUUCUGAAAGAAUGGUGCUUUAUCAGGAUUAUUUUAUAUAAUCUAAUGAAAGAUAAUUGAACCAUGCCAUGAGAAAACCAACAUAGUGGCUUUGCGACCAGCAUGGAUCCAGACCAGCCUGCGCAGUCUGGUCAGAAUCCAUGCUGUUCGCUAAUGGUUUCUCUAAUUACAAUAGGCAUUGAAAGCGAACAGCAUGGAUCCUGACCAGACUGCACGGAUGCACAGGCUGGUCUGGAUCCAUGCUGGUCGCAUAGCCACUGUGUUGGUUUUCCCAUGGUGUGGCUCAAUUUAAUUUACAUUACAUGGGUUUGUAAAAUGUUGUGGAGUCAGACAAGUUCAUAGGGAUGGUUGAUUUUAAACAGCAUUAAUGUUACUGUUUUAAUAUGUAUAUCAGUACUUGUGAAAUUGUUAAUAUAUUACAUCUGUAUAUAUAGAGAAAAUUUAUAUUUACGUCAGUAUGAGUUGUAUUGUGUUUUAGUUAGUAGUAGUACACUUUAAGGUCACUCUAUAGUACAUGUUUAACUGGUAAAUAAUGCUCCAGUGGUGUUACUGGAAAAGUAAAGGGCUGAAAUGUUCACAUAUUAAGAUUAGUGUAAUAUUGUCCCCCAAAAAUGCAAUUUAGUGUUGUGUUUAUCAUGAAAAUCAGUAUGGUGAUUUUAAUGCUACUGUUUUUGAGAAGUAAAAUCAAGCUGUGAUUAUGUCUUAUUGCCACUUUUUGAGAUAAAAAAAAUCAGACUUUAUAACUUUCUUAUGUUCUCUCUCUGUAUCAUUUGUUGCUGUAGAUUUGCAGGCUUUCUUAAACCCUUACCCUGCUAAAUUUCUAUAAUGAACUUGUCCAUCUUUCAAUUUGGACAGUACCAUUAACUGUUAAAAGGGGUGCUUACCAAAAAGAUAAUGACUGAAUGGCAAACAGUGCAGAUUAUGGUCAGACUGCAUGGAUGUGCAGUCUGAUCAUGAUCUACACUGGUUGCAAAGGCAGCAGCAAUCUUGUCCAGCAUGAUAAGGGUUUAACUUCACUUUCAGUUGGGUUUUUAGUCUCUUAUUGGUAUUUCACUGGUAAGGAUUCAUGGGUUGCCCAUGUCAGUUUUUAUGCCCCCGAAGGGAGGCAUAUAGUUUUUGAACCGUCUGUCGGUCUGUCCGCAAUAUUCGUGUCCGGUCCAUAUCUUUGUCAUCCAUGGAUGGAUUUUCAAAUAACUUGGCAUGAAUGUGUACCACAGUAAGACGACGUGUCGCAUGCAAGACCCAGGUCCGUAGCUCAAAAGUCAAGGUCACACUUAGAUGUUAAAAGUCAUAUUUCAUGAUAGUGCAAUGAUGGGCAUGUCCGGUCCAUAUCUUUGUCAUUCAUGCAUGGAUUUUAAAAUAACUACGCAUGAAUGUGUGGCACAGUAAGAUGACGUGUCGCACGCAAGACCCAGGUCCAUAGGUCAAAGGUCCUAAACUCUAACAUCGGCCAUAACUAUUCAUUCAAAGUGCCAUCGGGGGCAUGUGUCAUCCUAUGGAGACAGCUCUUGUUUCAUCUGUUUGUCACACUACCUGUCUGCCCUUUAGUCAUAGAUACUGGAUUCUGCCUUAACUUAUAACUAUACAUUGGACCUUCUGAAACCAGGGUCAUAGAUAGAAAGUUAUAUGUAGAAUAUGCAUAUCAUUUUGUUUUGUCCAUUCAUCAGUUCAUCCCUUUUUGGUCACAAAAAUUAAAUCAUGCAAUAACUUUAAAAGUACACCAACUUUUUAAGUGAAAAAAUUUAUUAUAGAUGUUUGGUGGUUAGGACAAUAGGCAGGGGGUUCAGUUUAGUUCCACUAUAAGAAAAAACUCCCCUAUUGGUAGGGGACUUCUGUUGCUGGACAGUACUCGUUUUUUUCCAGAUAUUUUUUACCCGUCGGUGAUAUUUUUGUUGAAGUUGUUACUGGUAUUGUUUUUGUAUAGGUUGAAUAUAUAAAAUUUAGAUUUUAAGUAUUGUUGAUUAUGUAAUGAUCUUACUUCCCACAUUGUAAAUUUCUUAAGCUUAAUGUAUAUAUUAUUUAAAAUAUGCAGCUAGAUUAAAUUGUUGCAGGUUCUUGUUUAUUUAAGUGUCCCUUUUCAUUCAUGACAUGUUACAUUAAUAAAAAUGUAAGAAAAAAGCCCAUUUCUUUUCAAUGACUAAAACAUUCAUAAAUUAAGUUCAAAUACCAAAGUAUCUGAGUGUCAGGGUAAUCUACAAGUUCUUCCAUUGUACUGCAUCCCUGUGUUAUUCUAGCCUUUCAGUGUACUGUUUUCCUCUGUAAUUUUAGCCUCCCAGUGGUUUUUUACCACUGUUAUUCAAGCAUUCAAGUAUACUGUUUCCCUCUGUUAUUCUAGGAUUCCAUUGUACAGUUUCCCUCUGUUCUUCCAGUGUACUGAUAUUAUGGCCCCUUUUGGACUUAGAAAAUCAGAUUUCUUGGUUAAGUUUUGCGUUCAGGUAAACUUUUCUUCUUAACAGUCAAAGCUAUUGCUUUAAAACUUGGAGAAUUUAUUCACCAUUAAAAGCUGACUCUGCACAGCAAGUACCAUAACUCCAUCCUGCUUUUUGCAAGAAUUAUGGCCCCUUUUGGACUUAGAAAAUCGUGGGUAGGACAAUAUUUCUAUUAUACAGAGACAAAAAAAUCAGAUGAGGGUCUGCACCCGCAAGGCAUGUGCUCUUGUUUGAAUGAUUAUUUACUGAUUUAGUUAUUACUAGUGUUCUGUAGUGAUGAGUUAUAUACAUUGUUAAAUGUAUGAUUUCCCUGAUUGUUAAUUAUAUCAAGAUCUGAUUUGUUUAUUGAAUUAUCAUGAAUGACUAAUUUAAAAUACUUAUUUCAUGUUACUGUCUUACUUCAGGUUUACUUGUAUUUUCCUAUAUUACAGUCGAAUUUCAUUUGCUCCAACUCGGACAAUAUGAACAUUCCUUUCCUCAAACUCAUCAUAAGGCCCUUGCAAAAUCCCUGUAUGAUAUAUAUUCUUUGGUAACUUGAAUAACCGCAAACAAAUUUUGCUGGUCUUGUCAAUUCGAGCAAACAAAGUUUGACAGUAUAUUGCUUUGCAGACAAAAGUAUUAAGGUUGUGUAAUAUUUGUGGUUGUUUAAUUUCCUCAUGCAUUUGCGAACAGGGCAAUGCACUUAUUUAAACUACUUUUGAAUAUUAAAUAACAUUGUCUAUAAACUUACGGCCUUCAACAUUCAUGAAAAGAGCAACAUGCUUAUUUAAAACAGGAUUGUUCCAAAAAGUAUGGAUGCCUAUAACUUGCAAAUUCUUUACAAUGCAAAUAUAUCUGUUGAAAAUCUAAUUGCAAAAUGAAAGGCAUACACAAAUUAUCUAAAUGCAGGAAGUAAAAAUACCUGAUGCAUAAAACAUGACUGUAAUUACAGUGCUUUUAUUGCCAUAUAAAAUCUAAAUAAAUGUAGAUUUCAAUACUUGAUGUUGAUGAAACAUUUUUCACCAAAUUUUAGACGAGGUAUGGGUGAUUGUACUUCACUGGAGUAACUCCGCUACAACAAAAAAUCCAGCACAGUGUAUAAUAUUAAAGCAAAAACAUCCAAAUUUUUCAUUGAAAACAUGCCUCUUUAUCAUUUCUUUCAAAGCUAUGAUUGUAAAUGUUGAAUGAUAUUAGUGAUGUGAAAAUGACUAAACAAUUUUCAUUUUUAUCAACUGAAGUUUAAAUGUAAAUAAUUUAUGAUUAUGUUGUUUAGAUUAUCAGUUUUUCAAAAUACUUGACCCUCAGCACUUGUGGUUCAAGAAUGGCUGAAAUUCCUUCAUUUGAGUUUUUCAUCAAACUGCAUUCUUCCAGACAGUGCCUGAAAUAGUGCCAAAGAAAGGCACUUGAGGUUUUCCUUAGCCAAUACAGGGUUCAUUAUAUUCAUAGACAGUACAUGAUCAUAGAGGUCAGUACAUAAUAUAUUAUUCCUUUUAUAUGCCAGUUGUUUUCAUUGAAAUUCAUCAAAUUUAUGUAUUUAGUAUUAUUACUUAAGCUUGUAUGUUUCAUUUGAUUGUAUGUUCACCAUGUACAGUUUCGCUAUUCUCUACUUGUGGAAAAGCAAUUUUCUCUUAUGGCCAAAAGAUGCUGAAACAGCAUACAAUGAUAUGUAAUUGCACAAAAAUUGCCGAUUGUCAUUAUGGGUGCACUACCUUAAACUCAAUAUUGUUUGUCAUUAUGGUUUCACUACCUUAAACUCAAUAUUGUUUGUCAUUAUGGUUGCACUACCUUAAACUCAAUAUUGUUUGUCAUUAUGGUUGCACUACCUUAAACUCAAUAUUGUUUGUCAUUAUGGGUGUACUACCUUAAACUCAAUAUUGUUUGUCAUUAUGGGUACUCUACCUUAAACUCAGUAUUGUUUGUCAUUAUGGGUGCACUACCUUUAACUCAAUAUUGUUUGUCUUUAUGGGUGCACUAACUUAAACUCAAUAUUGUUUGUCAUUAUGGGUGCACUACCUUAAACUCAAUUUGUUUGUCAUUAUGGGUACACUACCUUAAACUCAAUAUUGUUUGUCAUUAUGGGUACACCACCUUAAACUCAAUAUUGUGCCAGCAAAUUAGAAAUAACUUCAUUUUCAUAUUGCCACUUAAACAAUGGGACCAGUUUUAGUACAUUUAUAUUCAGUAUGAAAAGGGUUUUCAUAAAUUAUUGUACAAAUACAUUGAUUUCCGUAGGUAAUUAUGAUGAAUUAAAUUCUCGACAGUGUACAUAGCUUUCAUUGCAGUAGAUAAUACUUGAAACCUGAAAAGGGCAUUAAAAUUGGACUUGAUGGACAUUCUGUCUUACAGAUUGACUUCACAGAUGUUCUUGGGAAACAAAAUGUUCAAAAUUUAAAUCUAUCCCUUACCCUGCUAAAUUUCUUUAAUGAACUUUUCCAUCUUUGAAUUUGGACAGUACCAUUAACUAAUUGACCUUACGCCAGAUAGCCUGUAGCCACGCCUACCAGUUUUCAGGGGGAACAAUUCAUGCUAGGCCCGACAAAUAAAGGAAUCAAAUUGCGACGGCAGAAAUAUUUUGCCGGACAUUCUAGUUGAUUUCGGGGUACGCUACCUCAAUUCACACGUAUUUCUAAAGUGAAAAGACAAAACACAAAACACGUUAAUAAGUGGAUGUUCUGUAGCGAAACAUAAAUUCUACAAAAAAAACAACGAUACGUCGUUGUUAAAAGCCGGGAACUGCACCCGAGUAUGAGGAAAACUAAACAAGGCAGGGGGCCGAGUGGAAAACACGUACAAAAGAGGGAAAUCUCUGAAACCAUUAUAGCUGAUUUUGUGGAGUUUUUUUUAAUUGUCCGUUUCUUUUUCAUUAUAGAAACGUCAAAUUUCGAUCUCCCGGAAAUCAUGUAGGGUAUGACUAUUUUAAGCAGACUAGAACAUCGAUUUUUAUUAAUUAAGGUUGAAAUCAGACUGUGGAUUCUGAAUCCUAUUUCAAAAUAAUUAGAUAAAUUAAAUAAGGUAAUUUACAUGUAAAAAUUGUCACUUGUGUUAUUUAAGAAACGUCGGAUUUCGAAAUACCGGAACUCAUUUAAGAUGCUCAUAUCAUUGUUCAACAUUAUUCAGAUACAUAGCAUUUAAUGUCUAAUACUUAGACAUGAUGUGUUUUAAGUAUAAGUAAAGAAAGUUCUCUUAUUAGAAUUAAAACGUGUAAAUGAUAAAUAAAUAAGAUAUAGUCAAAGGCGAUGAUAUAGUCCAUACUCAUAUUUCAAGACAUAUACCGGCGCAUCGCAGCUUAAAACAAUGUUUGAGCCUACCAAAUUUCUUUAUAAAGUAUACAGAAUGAAUGUAUAAUUUUUUGUUUAAGAACAUAUCUUUUUUAUACGAAAUAUGCUAUUUUUUCUGGAAUUUUAGACGAAGUUUACCCUGUCUAUUAAAAUGAAAUUUAGAACGAAAGCACACACCGAAUGCUAAGUCAAAACUUUGAGCGCCUGAAAAAUUGUUGAUUAGACUCAUUAAAAAUAAUCUUAUAUUAAUCAUAGUUUUUUAUCAUAUUUAUUAUUUGUUGUAUUAUCACCCAGGUAUGACUUAACAUACACCAGUGGGAGAUUGAUGUAAACCUUAAAUCAUGUUUCCGGUACAUUAAGGCAUAAUAUUUACACGUUACCAUUCAAAUAAUAUAGAACAUCAAAUACUUGUGUCUUAUCAGUACAUACCAGUUACUUUGGUAACUGGUGGAAUAUCUUUACUAUUGAAAAAAUAAUACUAGGCACUUUUGGUAAAUAAGGAAGUUAAUUUUCAUAGAAUUUUACACUGAUUUAAAUGAAAUAAUUAAAACGUUAUAACACAAUGAGUGCUAAGUCGAAUUGCUUUGUUUUUAAACACUCUUAUAAGAUUUUUAAGAUCAACUAUUCUUGAGGACGUCCACAGAGCCAGAUACAUCGUUGACAAUAUUCGAGGUCUGAGAGUGGAUUUGGAAAAGGGAAGCGCUCUAGUAUUACACUCUCUUCCCUGUGUCUGAUGUAAAGGUGUCGUAACGUCACCUUUUUACCAUUUUGGACGAUUUUUCGGUGGUAUUUAUAUUCUUUGACUGGCGAGUCCGGCACUAAGUUUGACGGACAAAAUGGCGGCUAACAACAAGGCUUAUCAGUUCUGUUAUCUGAUUGGUCAGUUGGAACCUGUCAAUCAACACUGGCGUAAGGUCAAUUUGGACAGUACCAUUAACUGUUAAAAGGGGUGCUCACCAAAAAGAUACUGACUGAAUGGCGAACAGUGCUGAUCAUGAUCAGACUGCAUGGAUGUGCAGGCUGAUCUUGAUUUGCACUAGUCGCAAAGGCAGAAUCAAUCAUGUACAGCAUGAUAAGGGUUAAUCAUCAUUUCACGGAUGUUACACUUGUACCAAAGGGAUUGAAAUGAAAUAUAUUUGUUUCCUUUAGUGUUUUCCUCUUCAGGAUGUACAUUGUUUUGAUUCGAUUUUCCUAAAGUAGAGGUGGUAUAUUUAACUAGUUGAAUGAUGAGAUGGAGGAUGGGUAGGAUAAUUAUUAUAUUGUAGAAAUAUCUAUAUAUGAGCCGUGCCAUGAGAAAACCAACAUAGUGGGUAUGCGACCAGCAUGGAUCCAGACCAGCCUGCGCAUCCACGCGGAUGCGCAGGCUGGUCUGGAUCCAUGCUGGUCGCAAAGCCACUAUGUUGGUUUUCUCAUGGCACGGCUCAUAUGUGUUUGAUCUACCUUUAUUGGUAGCCAGUGGCAACAAAAAAUGACAGAACCACUUAGGUGUAAAAAAUAAAACAUUAAAUUAAAAAAUUUAACAAAACAUAAAAUUGGCAAGUUAAACAUCUUAACAACUGAUUUUAGCAGUUUAGAAUCUGUACAUGCUUAAUUUCUUUUGAAGGCACUAAUUUUUGCCCAUUCAGAUUUUCUACAAUCAUGGAUAUCAACGCUAAAGCUGAUACCAAACAAACAAAACUUACGUUUCUAUAGUAAUAUUGUAUUUGUGUGUCAAAUUACAUUUAUAGUGAUGUUUUUCACUAGUCAUUUGUGUAUAUGAGCAGAUAUUUCGCAAAAAAAUGUAACCUCAUUUCAGAUUCUCCAUUGUCAAAUUCUAUGUAUUAUUAAAUUGUGUUACUUAUAA